AUGUUCCAUGUUUCGGAUAACAGCAAAGCUCGUCCUGAUGAUCGGUUGUACAAAAUUCAACCUCUAAUAGAUCUAUUGGUUCAUAAAUACAACAGUGCAUUAAUUCCUGAACAAAAUGUUUGGAAAGAAGCUACACCAGGGCAAUCAGUUUCUUCAAAAGUUGUGAUUGAUUUGAUGGAACCAUACUUGGAUAGUGGAAGAGUUUUAUUUGCAGACAACUGGUACAAUAGCGUUGAUUUGGCGGAAAAAUUAUUAUGCAGAAAUACUCUCGUUGAAACACUUAGAGCAAAUAGGAAACGAAAUCCAACAGGCAUUACUAAGAAAAAAAUUUCAAAAGGAGAAACUGUUGCAAAGAUCAAUAAUAAAGGAGUAACUGUGCUAAAAUGGAAGGAUAGACGUGAAGUACUUAUGAUAAGUACUAAACAAACAAAUAAAAUUAUAAGCGUUGAUAGAAGUAGAAAAACAGUUAAACAAAAACCAGAAGUAGUUGUCGAUUAUAAUACUGGAAAGGGAUAUAUAGAUCUUACUGAUCAGCUACAGUCAUAUCAUUCAGCUUUACGAAAAUCGCUAAAGUGGUACAGAAAAAUAAUUAUAGACUUGAUCUGUAACAUAUCUGUACUAAAUGCCCUUACUUGUUCAUUGGUGUAA